AUGCCUUUUGGAGAGAUGACCAUCACGCUCCACGACGUUGCAGUGUUGCUUGGGAUUCCAGUCGGUGAAGAUAUGGUUGUAGGGAAUGAGAGUGUGAAAGCACAGUUGUGUGAGAUGCUGAGGGUCGAACAAUUGAAUGAACGAUCCAAGCCUUCGCUUAAGAGUGGGGGUUUAGUGUGUGUUGAAGCUAUGCAGCAGGUUGGGAGGUUUCGGGAAAGAGAUUCUGAGGUACGGAUGUUCUUGACCUGUUUGUUGGGGACCACCUUGUUUGUGGACAGGAGUGGGGAUCGGGCGCAGGUUUGGCCUCUCCAGUUCUUGGGGGACACUAGACGGCUGAGGAAAUAUUCUUGGGGGUCUGCUACACUCGCCUAUUUGUAUAGGCAACUCGGCAUGGCGUCUCGGGCGGAUUGCAAAGGCAUGGGUGGCUGUUUGACCCUCCUUCAGAUCUGGAUCUACGAGUACUUCCCGUGUUUACGAGAUCAGAAGUUGGGGACACGUGGAUUGGUGUGCGGGGAACCUUUUGCUAAGAAGUGGGAGGGGGUGAGAAUUGGAGGUGGGGCACAGUUGAUGAAUGAGAGGUUGGAUCACUAUCGUCGAGUACUGGAUAAUAUGACAGAUGAGUUCGUUUUUUGGUGCCCAUUCGGCCCCAGACCUGGUGAGAUGGUCUCUCGUUCUUUGUACUCUGGUGUCAUUCGGUGCAUGAGUGUUGAGGAGAUGUACGAUCCCUCGCGUUGCCUCCGUCAGUUUGGGUACGUACAGACCAUCCCCUCAGAUCCGCUUCCUCCAGUUGAUGUUUGCCGAUCUGCGAAUGUCAAGAUGUACUCCUUCUCCUACGGUCCCGGCUUGAGUGAGCUUUGGAAGGCCCCUCACUGCCACUCGGUGCAGUUGGAUUCGAUAUCGAGACCUGUUCAAAAACCGGAAGAUACCGAGGAUGGGUAUCUACAGUGGUAUAUGGGACGUACCCACCCGAGGAUCGUCUGCCCCAGUGCUGCUGACCAGGAGAUACACCACCAUCUUAGUCAUGAUCAGGAAAGUUUAAUUAUGUUAUUGAUAUCGUUAUUCUGUACAAGUUUAAAUAUUGCAUUAGUUAUCGAAUAA